ACAGCAACCACGAUGGCAGAGCUUUAUGUGAAGAAUAUUGAGUACUAUAUGACUCUUAAAUGCUAAAAGCAGGAGGCCCCUAGCUGAUAGCUCAGCGUGGAGCAAAAACUUUUAUUUUGAACUUCAAAAAUAAUUAUGUCAAAGAAAAGUCGUGCCAAGGGGGAGAAGUGCGACAUGGAGAUUGAAGCACUACAAGCUGCUAAUGAAGAGCUGCGGACUAAACUAACCAACAUCCAGAUAGAAUUUCAACAAGAGAAAAGCAAGGUAGGCAAACUGAGGGAGAAAAUCCAGGAGGUGAAGCAGGAGCGGGAGCAGGAACAACACAAACACACGGCCUACGUGUCCGAGCUGAAGGCCAAGCUCCACGAAGAGAAGAUGAAGGAGCUCCAGGGUGUCCGAGAGCUCCUCAUCCGGCAGCACGAGCAGGAGGUUGCACGGAUGGCCAAAAUCAAGGACGGUGAAAUCCAGCGCUUGCAGUCAACAGUGAACGUCCUGCGGGACGGGGCGGCCGACAAGGUGAAAACGGCGCUGCUGAGUGAGGCCAAGGAGGAGGCUCGGAAAGCCUUCGAUGGCGAGCGCCUCAAGCUGCAGCAGGAGGUCUUGGAGCUGAAGUCUGGCAAAAAGCAGCUCGAGGAAGCCUUGAACAACAUUAUGCAGGCAGAUAAAAUGAAGGCCGCUGACCUGCGCACUGCUUAUCAGUCUCAUCAGGAGGAGAUUAACAGAAUAAAGCGUGAAUGUGAGAGGGAGUUCCGCAGGCUGAUGGAUGAGAUCAAAGGCAAAGACAGAGUAAUUCUGGCUCUGGAAAAAGACCUUGGUGUCCAAGCAGGCCAUACGCAAAAGCUGCUGCUCCAGAAAGAGGCCUUGGACGAGCAGCUGGUGCAGGUGAAGGAGGCAGAGCGGUACCACAGCAGCCCCAAGAGGGAGCUGCCCGCCGGCCUGGGGGACAUUUCGGAGCUCAUGGGCAGCCCGGAGCAGCAUUUGGAUGAAAGAGAUAUGCGGAGAUUUCAGUUAAAAAUCGCUGAACUGAAUGCUGUAAUAAGGAAGCUGGAAGACAGAAAUACUCUUUUAGCAGAUGAAAGAAAUGAGCUGCUGAAACGUUCACGGGAGACAGAAAGUCAGCUGAAGCCUUUGGUAGAAAAAAAUAAGAGGAUGAGCAAAAAAAAUGACGAUAUGUUGCAAUGUAUCCAGAGAAUGGAAGAAAAAAUUAAAAAUCUGACAAGGGAAAAUGUAGAAUUGAAAGAGAAGUUAUCUGCACAGCCAGUGUUGAAGAGGCACACGUCUCUGAAUGAUCUUAGCAGCACACGGGAAGAGCAAGAAAUUGAGUUCCUCAGACUGCAAGUCAAAGAACAGCAGCAUGUUAUUGACGAUCUCACAGUGGAAAGGGAACGGUUGAUACGGUCUAAAAAGCAGAGGAGGAAAAGUCUCAAACCUCCAAAGAGGCAUGUUGUGGAGACAUUUUUUGGAUUUGAUGAAGAAUCCAUGGAUUCAGAAACAUCAUCUGUAACAUCAUAUAAUACAGAUAAAACAGACAGAACACCAGCAACACCAGAAGAAGAUUUGGAUGAUAGCACACCUAAAGAAGAAGCUGAACUCAGGUUUUGCCAGCUAACGAGAGAGUAUCAAGCUUUGCAAAGAGCAUAUGCGUUGCUUCAAGAACAAGUUGGUGGAACCCUGGAUGCGGAGAGAGAAGCAAGGACUCGUGAACAACUGCAAGCUGAUCUCUUCAGGUGCCAGGCAAAAAUUGAGGACCUGGAGAAAGCUCUAAUAGAGAAAGGGCAGGAUUCGAAAUGGGUAGAAGAAAAGCAACUGCUUAUCAGAACAAAUCAGGAGUUGCUAGAAAAGAUUUACAAAAUGGAACAAGAAGAGAAUCAGCUGAAGAACGAGAUGCAGGAUGCAAAAGACCAGAAUGAGCUGUUAGAAUUCAGAGUGCUAGAGCUUGAAGUAAGAGAUUCUCUCUGUUGCAAACUCUCAAAUGGAGCAGAAAUUAUGUUUGAACCCAAGCUGAAAUUCCUGUAACGUUUACUGAUGUUUCACACAUGUUUAAGGGAAAUCUAUUAGCUGUCUAUUUUUUAAAUAUUGUAUUUUGACAUAAUGAAAUUGAUACCACUGCCUUAAUAUGUUUUGGAGAGAGUGCUCA